CCGAGCUGGGGCCUUGGCAGCCACAGGGGAGGGAGCAUGUUGGGCAGGGGCUGUGCCUGAAGGCAGGGCCUUCCUAAGUGGCUGAGUAAACAGCUUCAGGUGGCCUCAGCCUGAGCCCAGGGGACCAGCUGUGUUCUCCCACCCCCUGCAAGGCUGAAGCUGCCGCCUUUCAGCAGCGCACUCUCCACCCCAAAGCCUGCAGAAGGCAUUUUUUGAAGGUCAGCAGGCUGAGCCUGGGCCAGAACCCAUCUGCAGAGGAACCCCAGCCAAAGCAGAAAGCUCCUGCGCCAGCUCCCUUGGAUGGACUCCCAGAGGCCUGAGCCCAGACAGGAGGAGGAGGAACAGGAACUGCAGUGGAUGGAGCUGGACUCCAAAGAGGUCCUGGGAACCAGGACAGAGGAGCCCAGUGUCUUCCAGGGCUGGGGGCACCUACUCCAGGCUGUGUGGAGGGGCCCUACAGGCCUGGUGAUGCAGCUGCUGCGGCAAGGGGCCAGCGUGGAGGAGAGGGACCACGCAGGCCGGACCCCGCUCCACCUGGCUGUGCUGAGGGGCCACGCGCCCCUGGUGCGUCUCCUGCUGCAGCGAGGGGCCCCGGUGGGCGCGGUGGACCGGGCGGGGCGCACGGCGCUGCACGAGGCCGCCUGGCACGGGCACUCGCGGGUGGCCGAACUGCUGCUGCAGCGCGGGGCCUCGGCGGCGGCGCGCUCCGGGACGGGCCUCACGCCGCUGCACUGGGCAGCCGCCCUGGGCCGCACGCUGCUAGCCGCGCGCCUGCUGGAGGCUCCGGGCCCGGGACCCGCGGCGGCGGAGGCAGAGGACGCGCGCGGCUGGACGGCGGCGCACUGGGCGGCCGCGGGCGGGCGGCUGGCGGUGCUGGAGCUGCUGGCGGCCGGCGGCGCGGGCCUGGACGGCGCCCUGCUCGUGGCGGCCGCGGCGGGGCGCGGGGCCGCGCUGCGCUUCCUCCUGGAGCGCGGGGCGCGGGUGGAUGCUCGGGAUGGCGCGGGGGCCACAGCGCUGGGUCUGACGGCCGCCCUAGGCCGCCCGCAGGACAUUGAGGUGCUGCUGGGCUACGGGGCAGACCCAGGCGUCAGGGACAGGCAUGGCCGCUCUGCGCUGCACAGGGCUGCCGCCCGGGGACACCUACCCACCGUCCAGCUGCUGGUCACCCAGGGGGCCAAGGUGGAUGCGCGGGACACCCUGGGCUUCACGCCCCUACACCACGCCUCUAGGGAAGGCCACGCGGAGGUUGCCAGCUGCCUCCUGGACAGGGGUGCUCAGGUGGAUGCUACUGGCUGGCUCCGAAAGACUCCCCUACACCUGGCUGCAGAGCGAGGACAUGGCCCUACCGUGGCGCUUUUGCUGAGCCGAGGGGCCAGCCCCACCCUGCGGACACAGUGGGCGGAGGUGGCCCAGAUGCCUGAGUGGGGCUGGCCCCAGGUGCUUCCUGAACUUGGAGCGAGGCAGGAGUAUGAGGGCACAGAGCCCAGGGGCUGAGCCAGACAGCAGGCUCUGGGCUCCACUGCCCCAGCGAUUUCCAGGCUCUCUGGCUGAGGCUGCCUGCCUGGAGGGAACAUCAGGGGAGAGGCUCCCAGAGGAGGGGGUGGGAGAAAGCGGGGUAUGUGGCUUGAACUGGACCUGGGAUGGCCACCAGCUCCCAGGAGGGCCCACUGACCCUGCAGCUCCAGCCUUCUCCGCACUCCAGCAAAGAAUGAGUUGUGGCAACUGAUGCGACCAAAACCUGAUGACAGACAGUGGCACGGACCUGGACGGGCGGCCCCUCUGUCUUCCCUUCCUUCCCUCUGUCUGCACACCC